UCCAUUAUUUUGGUGCACCUUUUGAUUGCAUAGUAGACUAACUGAACUGGUGAUCGUCAUGUUUUAGCUUCUCUAAGUAUUUCGGCAAGCUCAUUUUAUGAUUUUUUUGAAAGGUGCAUGCUGCUGUUCCUCGCCUGGUCUUGCAUCUUCAUGAUGAAGAUGUUAGUGUCCGAUCAGCCUGUCGGAAUACCAUGAAACAAGUUUGCCCAUUGAUGGAAAUUGAACGAUUGCAUGCUGUACUAAACACACACAGUUUCCUUUCUGAUCAUCGAAGUGACUAUGAGGACUUUCUCCGAGAUAUUGCAAAGCAAUUUACUCAACAUCUUCCCAUCAGAGUUGAUAGUUAUAUGGCUUCAUCGGUGCAGGCUUUUGACGCACCAUGGCCCAUAAUUCAGGCAAAUGCUAUAUACUUCUGCAGCAGCAUGCUCUCUCUAUCGGACAAUCAGCAUAUUUUAUCUGUUUAUCAUUCACAGGUCUUUGGUAUGCUGGUUGGGAAAAUGAGUCGAUCACCUGAUUCUGUUGUUAGAGCAACAUGUUCUGCCGCUCUGGGCUUGUUGCUGAAAUCCUCCAAUUUAUGUUCAUGGGUGGACUCAACAUCAAGGAACAAUGAUGCAGAGUCCGUGAAGAACUAGCAACGGCUCUAGAUUAUAUAACUUAAAUGAGGAUUAGCCAUGAGCUUUUUUAGGAAGGUUGAGUGGAUCAGCCUGCUGCUUUGUAUGUUUGUCAUGUUAAGGCAACAUGGCUGUUGGUGACGUUCUUGCACGGGGUUUUGCUUUAGCAAUCGCCUCUUCUGUAUUCUAUUCUAUCCAUUUCCCUCCUCAAGUAUGUUGUUUUCUUGUAAAGUUUGAAAUUGAACAUUAUUCCUUUCUUUCUCCUUUUAAAUGUACAUUUAUAUUAGUGUCGUGAUCGUGUAAAUUGUUGUAUAUUAAUUAUACACUUGAAA